UUGGAGGAUGAACAUCCAAAAUACUAUGGAGUUUGAACAGGAAGAAGUACUAGAACCAAUGAGUCCUGGUGCUCAAUAUCUGAAGAGCUCAGCGUUAUCACUAUAUAUUGUAGGUGUUAUGGAACUAGAAAUACCAAUUGAUGAGUCCAUUUACAUGCCAUUCCUCAGAGAAUUAUUCAUACCCAUAAAUCAUCGCUUUUCCUCAAUCAUGGUUUUCAAGGAGAGAGGAGAAAAGAAAUGGAAAAGGGUGGAGGUAAAUCUAAAAGAUCAUGUAAAUGUACCAGUUCUUCCCAGUGGCUUGUCAACUGAUUAUUACGAUGAAUGUUUUAAUGAGUAUUUAUCAAAACUAGCAUGGGAGCAACUUCCAGAAAGUAGACCUUUGUGGGAAGUCCACAUAUUUAACUACCCAACAAAGCAUGUGGGAAUGUGAUAUUCAAAUUUCACCAUUCACUUGGAGAUGGCUAUUCCAUAAUGGGAGCGCUUCUGUCUUGUCUACAAAGACUUGACAACCCUUCUAUGCCAUUAACAUUCCAUCGCGCCAGUCUAACUCGAAGCCUAAUCGUCACAGCCAUGGUUUUCUGAGGCACAUGAACCGGUUUUUUCCCGGGAUGAUUAACACUGCAUACGAUUUCGGAUUUAAUCUCUUGAAGAGCAGUUUGAUUGAAGACGAUAAAUCUCCUAUCAGAUCUGGGCAUGGGGUUGAGUGUGGACCAUUUUCUAUAACUACAAUUACCCUUUCACUUGAACACAUCAAGCAAAUCAAGACCAAGCUUCAAGUGACGGUUAAUGACGUGAUUACUGGGGCGAUCAUAUUUGGAACCCGAUUAUACAUGCAAAGAGAGAAUCAAGAUUCAAGUAAAGCGAGCAGUACAGCACUUGUACUACUCAACACUAGGGCCAUUGGAGGUUACAAGUCAGUAAGUGAGAUGAUCAAACCUAAUGCAAAAAUGCCAUGGGGUAAUCGUUUUGCAUUCUUGCAUGUUUCUAUUCCCAAAUUGACUGCCUCUGAGUUGAACAAUCCCCUCAAAUUUGUUAACAAAGCCCGCCAAUUUGUCAAGCGGCAAAGAAAUUCUGCAUCAGUUAAUCUGACGCGUCAGUUUCUUGACGCCAUCACAAAAUUUAGAGGUCCUGAGGCAACUGCUCGGUACAUCUACGGCAAAUUAAAUAAUUCCAGCCUGAUGAUAUCAAAUAUGAUUGGGCCGGUGGAACAAAUGGCUUUAGCUAAUAUCCCAAUUAAAGGAUUGUACUUUACAGUGCCUGGAAUACCACAGAGUCUUCAACUAACAAUUGUGAGUUAUGUGGAAAAGCUGAGAAUUGUCAUGUCUGUGGAGAAAGGUUUCAUCGAUCCAAAUAAGUUCAAGUCAUGCAUUGAAUAUGCCUUUGAGGCAAUUUCUAAAGCAGCACUAGAGUGAAGCUCAAACUAUAUUGUAGCCUUAAAAUAAUUUCUGCUUUGUUUUAAGUUCAUUUAGAAUUUGAUCGGAUACUAAAAUUUGGAUUGGAUUACUAAAUAACUUAAGGUUGUGUCUUAUUAAUCUCUUCUAGUAUUUGUUUGAUUACAAAUAUAUGUCGAUAUUAUCCACUUUCUCCAUGCCCUCUAUUGAAAUGUCUAAAAGGAAUUUACUCUUUCA